AUGGCAAAGUCACAGUCUACUUCGACCCGCACUUGCUCGCAAGUGCCAACGGGCUUGGUCGAGGUGCUGCAUGACGAAUUGCUUUCGCUGACACUGCCGCUCGACCCCUCGCUGCCUCCCGUCACUCCCGGAUGGUCUAUCGGCGCAUGGUCCCGUCGUCCGCAAAAGAGGUUUAGGAAACAGCUACUAGGACCAACCUUACCGGUCUUGAAAAUUACCAUUGGCUUCGAAGCAGCCAACGCUUUCAUCCCUUCUCAUCCUCUUACCAUCGAGACCCGCCUCCCGUUCUCUGCAGAGCCGCUUCCUGCCCGCAUUCGCGCUUGCCUUGUCGACACCAUCGACGGCGGGGACCUCAUAGAUGUCAAGUUUUGGCUCUACUCUCGUGUUGGGAACGGACACGUCUACCAUCCCCGCCCGCUCUACGGCAACCUCAAGCUUCUGCGCGGAACGUCAAAGCAAUUCCACGAAGACCUUGACCACUUGCUUAGCGGUUUCGCCGAGUCGAGCCAGACGGAUAUAGCUACCGACAAUCCGCCUCCGGUCGCGUUCGAGGAGUAUGAUUACAUGUCCGACAGCGACCUGGACAACGACGAGGAGGUGGAAGGCGAUAUUAGAGUUGACGACAAAGCAGACGCCUCCGCCGCGGCAGAGCCAGACUCGGAGCCAGAACCCUUAGCGGGAACAAGCACGCUAUCGACUCAGCUAGAUAUCCAAAAUACCCCAGGCCGUCGUGGUUAUCGCAUCGUAAUCAAAGGCCAUGCGUAUAAUACGUGGAAAGCGUUGCUCUACUAUCUUUACACCGGGCAAAUCCACUUCCGCAAGAUCAAGGCAGGUAUACGCCAAACUCCAGCUGUCCAAAGAGAAGAGGGUGCUCCGGAAUGUUCCCCAAAAUCUAUGUACAAGCUCGCAGAUAAGCAUGGCCUCGAGACCAUUAAAGCCCGUGCGCUUGAGUCGAUACGUUCCCAAAUGUCGGUCGACAACAUUGUCCAUGAAGUCUUCUCCAAUUUUACCGCCAUGUUUGAUGAAAUCAAGACAAUGCAAGUCGCCUUCUUGCGAGACCAUUUGCACGACCCCGUUGUCCGUGACGGGCUGACGGGUAUGCUGCUUCAUCUGUGCGCUGGCCGUGGGUCUUCCGCCUCGGCUGCAGUGCUCCAGGCUGUCAUCUUUGGCCCUAACAUACUAUAG